CCUCCAAAAAGGAAACCAAAAGGAGCUUAGAAAAGAAAGGGCAGUGUAUGCCUGUGCGUGUGUGAGCGAAAGGAGCUCGGUGGCAGAAGAGGAGGGGACAAAGGAAGCCGGGGGAGGCUAAAGGAGGGAAGAAAGGCGCCAAUUUUUUGGAUCUCAGUCGGGGGCUCCUUCUGGUCUCUUCCUGCUUCGAUUCCGGCGAGAUGCCAACGGUUCGGUACCAGAUAAGGAACGAGUACGGGUUGGCGGAUCCGGAGCUCCACCGGGCCGCCGACAAGGAUGAUCCCGAGGCCAUCCUCGAAGGGGUCGCCAUGGCCGGCCUCGUUGGCGUGCUGCGCCAGCUCGGAGAUCUCGCGGAGUUCGCUGCAGAAAUAUUUCGUGACUUGCAUGAAGAAGUAAUGGGAACUGCUGCUAGAGGGCAUGGAUUGAUGCUUCGUGUCCAGCAGCUUGAAGCAGAGUUGCCAUCAGUUGAAAAGGCUAUUUUCUCUCAGUCUAGUCAUUCAAAUUUUGCUUACAAUGAUGGUAUUGAUUGGCACUCUAGUAUUCAAAUGGAUCAAAACCUAAUCACUCAAGGAGAUAUGCCACGUUUUAUCUUGGACUCAUAUGAAGAAUGCCGUGGGCCACCUCGGUUAUUCACCCUGGAUAAGUUUGAUACUGCUGGUGCUGGAGCCUGCUUGAAAAGAUACUCGGAUCCAUCUUUCUUCAAGAUGGAACUAGUCUCCUCUGGCUUGGUAGAAACAGAGAUACCAAGAGAGAAAAAAUCUCGUAAGAUGAGGAAGAAGGGGUCAAACUGGAAAAAAGGUCAAACCCUCGAGUCUUUAUUGUCACCACUUGCAGAUUCCACUUCGCAGACAACAGUGUCUGAUCAGGUUUCCAGUAAAUCUGCCACCAGACUUGUGAGAUUGAGAUAUAGGAACUCAAAUAAUACUAAUGGAAGCAAAGGAUGUAACUUAAGAAAAUGUCUUCUUGCACUGCAUUCAGAUGAGCAGAAAGUUGUUUUGGACAAUAGUAGAAGACAUUCAAGCUUAAACGUAAAUUUAGUGGAUUCAGGUGAAUUGACUUCUGUAAUGCAUGACACCGUUAUGGAAGUAUCAGCAAACUAUCCAUUAGUUAGAGAUGUUAGUGCUACCGAGACCCCUACCAAAGAAGUGGUAAAGUUAACAUAUAAAUUUGAUCAUUGGAAGACUGGAACUGAAGAAUUUUCAGAAGCACUUCAUGGGCCACUUGGUGACAUGCAAAAUCCACAGAGAAACUUCAACUUUGUGGAGAACAAAGAAAAGUUUGCUGAUGCUGAAAAUAAAUCAGAAAGCAGUAACUGUGAUGGUGAGCUUAGUGAUACUGAGAAAACCACAUCAGUUCAGGUGGCAGAUCAUAAAUUAGGGGAUGUUGAACAUAUAUUAGAAGACAGUAACAAUGGCUAUAAGACUGAAGAUGGUGGUAGCGAGCAGGAGAAUUUCAUGGAUGCACUGAACAGCAUGGAACCAGAAGUAGAAACAGAUUCUGAAAAUAAAGAUAGACCAGAUCUUGGUGUUACACAAAAGGAAGCUUAUGAUAUGAAUUUUUACACCAGUGAAACGCUAGACGAGCUGCUGACUCAAUUUUCAAAACAGGAUAUGGCAGCAGUCUCUAUUGUGUCAAUAGGGUUGAACCAUAAUUUAGAGAGUGGAAUAUCAAGUAAUCUGUGUAAUUUAAGUGAGACACCAGCAACUCAAGAAAAAGAAAUCACCUCAAAUUCUUCUGCAAAUUCAGAAUAUCUUCUUGGUGAAACCAAUGAUGAAAGCUGUGAAGAGUGUUUGCCACAUGACGAGGUUGCCAACUCAUUUGAUAUGAUUUCUGAUGGAGCUAGCGAUAUAAAGUCAUUUGAUAAUCCCAUUUUGAGAUCAGAAAUCGGAGAGGAACCUUGCAAUUCUUGUGAUAUAAACUCAACUUCUAAUCUCAUUAGCACUGGUCCUCAACAAGGCUUUGAUACACUGCAAUUUGUUAAAGCUUACCACGUCGGCACUUCAGCUGAUCAUGAAGCACAGUUAGGAAGAGAUGAGACCAUCAAAUUCUCAGAUGGCUCACCUCAUUCUAAUAGGAGUGAUCCCGAGAUACAUCAGCCUCCAGAGCUUGUGGAAGAGCUGGUUUUAGAAGGCAUUACAGAGAUGCUUGACAUGCCUAACCGCCUUUCCUCUUCACCAGCUAGAACUUUACCCAUGGAAGAUCAUGGUAAUGAAGGUUCACCAUUUAUCACUGCACCAACAGAAAAAGAGACGCAGGAUUCAAUGGAUCAAGGAACCAAAUCUUUUGCCUUCAAAAAUGAUACAACAGCUAGUUUAGGUGGGAGGAGCAUCAUAACAACUGCCCCUCAUUUAGAUCCUGAUAUCAUCAUCAUACAACAUGAUGUUGCUUUAGACAUAAACAUUUGUCAGUAUCCUGAAGAAUCAACCAUAGAAACAUCUUCUGAUUAUUUGAAGGGAACUGACGAUGUAGAGUAUCCUGAAGAAUCAACCGUAGAAAUAUCUUCUGAAUAUGUGAAGGGAACUGACGAUGUGGUUCAAACUAUGAAUGGCCCAUCUAUUGGGAGUAAAGAUGACAUUAUUUCUGAAAACCCUCAUCCUCCGUGCAAUCCUGUUGAGCUAAUUUUAGAGGAGAUGGAAUCCGGAUCUGGCAUGUCUGAUUAUCUUUCUGAAUCAAAAUAUGAGAGCAGCCUUACAGAAGUUUUUGAGGGGCAUAUUGAAGUCGUGUCACAUCCUUCAAAUGCAAGUAUAGAGAAGUCACCACAGUUGACAGAUCAAGAUGCUGAAGUAUGUUCAACUGAAAGCACACCAAUUCUUAUUUCUGCUAUUGUCACCAUCACUGAUAAAGAUUGCACUGAGAAAUUGGAAAAUAUUGAUGUUGAAAAUCUAGAAGUUGGUUGUGAGGACACUGAUGACAUGACAAAACAAAAUCUUGCAAUGCCUGAAAUACCACAACCUCAGUUGGAGCAUUUUUCGGGCACUGAGGAAACCCUACAAUCGCCCAAGGUGAAAUUAGCAGAACCUCAAGAGUCCCACAAGACGAACUCCACAGAGCAGGUGCCUUUGUGUUUUGAAAGUGAAACAUUUUUCGAUAGGGUCAUUAAUUAUCCUGUCCUUGUUGGUGAUGGUCUAAAAUUGGCUAAUGAGUAUAUUCAGGAGAACCUCCAAAGUGAUGUUCAAGGGUUUGAACAAAUUACUGAUGUCAAAGAUAUGUCAGCUGAAAAUUUUGCAUCUGAAGAUGAGACUAAUAGUUAUGAUUCUUCCCCGGUCUACACUAAAGAAUCAUCUGGCCUUCCACUACAGUUGGUAGAAGAUAGCAUUGAUUCUGCGGUCUCAUAUCAGCAUCAAAUGAAGACCCGUGAAACAUUUAGUCCGAAGAUGGCGAAAUCUCUAGAUUCACAAAGCACUCCAGACAUGGCAGUUUUUUCAGGGGUAGAACAAUCAGCACAAGACCCUGUUGCUUCACAUGGAUUGCCUGUUGAAGAUUCAUCCGAUGCAAAUGAUGAUGGAUUGCAUGGUGACAUUUGUGAUAUGAUGCCAAAUGUGCAUGUCCAUGGGAAUCUGCAUCCUUUUGUCAAUGAUACAUGUCUAGAAUAUCCUGUAGAAAGCAAACAAGAUUUUGGUCCAAAAUGUUCAGCACAAGGUCAUCAUGAAAGUGCAAAACAAGAGAUGUCUUUAUCGGCCAACUUAUUGCUUGAUCAUGCAAGUGCAAGUUUACCUGAGGAGGCAUUUACCUUGCAAGCCAGCAAUGAAGUAGAAAUAGAAUCUUCACAUCAGAAGGGUGAAUAUUUUGAGCUUGACAUUCCUAUUAACUCUGUUGAUGUUGAUGAAGAACCAUCAGAAAGACCUGAACAAAAUCAUCAUGCGUUCAUGAGCAAUGUAAAGUAUGAUGAGUUGGACAUAACGCCAUCAAGCACAACCAUGACUGAAAAGCUGGGUUCAGCACUUGUUUCAUCGGAAUGCUGUUCUGAAAUUUCUGCAUGUCAAAUUGCUUCCAAUGUCUCAGAUAUGACGUUUUCACUUUCACCAAGCUCCGUUGUUUUCGUUACUGAAAGAACAUCAAGACUAUCCUCUGAGCCGCAGUCAGAUGAAUCAACUUCGUGCUUUCCUUCACAGAAUUCUGAAGAACCACCCCCACUUCCCCCACUCCCCCCUCUUCAAUGGAGAACUCAAAAGCUUCAAGUGAGCUCCUUAUUGCCAAAUGCAAAUUCAUCUGCGUCUUUGGCUGUAACAAACCCAUUUGUGACACCAUCAGACAUCAAGCCAGCAAACAAAUUUAUCACAUCACCAUCUGGUUUGUCUGAACUACCACCAAUUGUUGUUGAUCAGAGCCAUCAGCCUGAUGCUCAAUGUCUAGAGGGGAACCUUGUGCAUUCAUCAAAUUCAUUGUCAUUGAUAUCAUCAUCUUUAGUCUAUGAGAAGAAUAUGCAUGCUCCUGAUGCACAAGAGGGAUUAAGAUUACCUCUGGCAGAUUCAUUUACACGGCUUCCUAUAUUGGAAAGCCAGAUCUCUCAGCAUUCUGCAUUUCAGGAAGAAAAAGUUCAGCCUGUACCAGAUAAGAGAUUUCAUCAGCCUGAUGCUCAAUGUCUAGAGGGGAACCUUGUGCAUUCAUCAAAUUCGUUGUCAUUGAUAUCAUCAUCUUUAGUCUAUGAGAAGAAUAUACAUGCUCCUGAUGCACAAGAGGGAUUAAGCUUACCUCUGGCAGAUUCAUUUACACCGCUUCCUAUAUUGGAAAGCCAGAUCUCUCAGCAUUCUGCAUUUCAGGAAGAAAAAGUUCAGCCUGUACCAGAGAAGAGAUUUCAUCAGCCUGAUGCUCAAUGUCUAGAGGGGAACCUUGUGCAUUCAUCAAAUUCAUUGUCAUUGAUAUCAUCAUCUUUAGUCUAUGAGAAGAAUAUACAUGCUCCUGAUGCACAAGAGGGAUUAAGAUUACCUCUGGCAGAUUCAUUUACACCGCUUCCUAUAUUGGAAAGCCAGAUCUCUCAGCAUUCUGCAUUUCAGGAAGAAAAAGUUCAGCCUGUACCAGAUAAGAGAUUUCAUCAGCCUGAUGCUCAAUGUCUAGAGGGGAACCUUGUGCAUUCAUCAAAUUCAUUGUCAUUGAUAUCAUCAUCUUUAGUCUAUGAGAAGAAUAUACAUGCUCCUGAUGCACAAGAGGGAUUAAGAUUACCUCUGGCAGAUUCAUUUACACCGCUUCCUAUAUUGGAAAGCCAGAUCUCUCAGCAUUCUGCAUUUCAGGAAGAAAAAGUUCAGCCUGUACCAGAUAAGAGAUUUCAUCAGCCUGAUGCUCACUGUCUAGAGGGGAACCUUGUGCAUUCAUCAAAUUCAUUGUCAUUGAUAUCAUCAUCUUUAGUCUAUGAGAAGAAUAUACAUGCUCCUGAUGCACAAGAGGGAUUAAGAUUACCUCUGGCAGAUUCAUUUACACCGCUUCCUAUAUUUGAAAGCCAAAUCUCUCAGCAUUCUGCAUUGCAGGAAGAAAAAGUUCAGCCUGUACCAGAUAAGAGAUUUCAGAUUAGUCAGCUGUGGCCAGGUUCAGACUUGGAGAAAUUUCAUUAUUCUGAGCACAAUCACCUAAAAUUGGAAAAAGAAGUGAUCCAGCCUCAGAAUUUAUUUUUGUUUGAAUCUACUUUAGAAGAUUAUAACCAUCACCAUAAUUAUGGAGAUUUUGGAGGUGAAAGUGCACACCUUCUGAAGUCGUCUGAUCUCUCACUCUUUUCAAGAUUGGAGAUGCCUCAAUCUGGCUAUGUAUAUUCUUUGGAAGGGAGUCAUUCCACGCCAUUUGGUGUUGUACCUACAAGAGAAGAUGAAUGGCAUAGCAUUAAACCCCAUUCCAUACGUAAUCGCCCCCGAAAUCCACUGAUAGAAGCUGUUGCUGCCCAUGACAGAAGCACGUUAAGAAAGGUGCCGGAGCAAGCUAAGCCUUCAAAUGAGUCGAAGGCAGACAAAAAGGAUGCAGUGCUAGAGUCCAAUAUUUUGCAGUUGAGGAAGGUAUCAGAGCAUAUGAAGCCCUCCAAUAAACCUAAGGCAGAUGAGAGAGAUGAGUUACUGGAGCAGAUAAGAAACAAGUCGUUCAGUCUGAAACCAGCAGUCCUUUCAAAGACAAACAACAAGGGCCACUCAACAAAUAUUAAAGUUGCUGCCAUCUUAGAGAAGGCAAAUGCACUGCGCCAGGCAAUGGUGGGAAGUGAUGAAGAAGAUGGUGGAGAUGGUUGGAGUGACUGCUGAGUACUAAUCAUCACCUGGAAAUUCUGGAGCUCUCCUAGCAUACAUCUCAAGCUAAAAUAUGCAAGAUGUGGUUGCACAAGAGCACGGUCUACAAAGUGAGAAGUCUGAUUAAAGCUGAAGUAGUGCAGCCGGGAAGCUCCAAUUUUAAUCAAUGCAUACCAUCAUGUGAAUAAUAUUCCCUUUGUUUUAUUCUUUUUUCUUCUUGUUCAAUCUGUAUUCUCCGUCUCCAGUUAGCUUCUCCUCCUCCUGUACCAGCUAAAGCGCCACAUGGGAGUAAAACAAACUGAGGUUGUGGUCUGUUCAAUUUCAAUUGGUGACAUGUAUUUUUUUUAUUAUGUAUGUAGGUUAUCCAAAGUAAAUCUAGGAAUUCUUGAUUGCUAUUAUAUUCUAGCAGAGUUCUUAUCACAA